AUGGCCUCCGCCUCCUUCCACUCCCACCCGUCCGCUGCCGCCUCGCCCCCACCGCCUCCGCUCGUCCCGCCCGCCCCCAUCACCGCGAGCAUCCACGCCUCGACCGCCCGCCUGAGACAGAACCGCGCUCUGCCCGACAGCAUGGUCCUGCUGCGCCGCCAGGAGAAGCAGCUGCACGACGACCUGCAGGACCUGCUCUACCAGCAGGACGAGGCUUUGCGUCUCGCCCAAGGCGCCCCCGCCGCCCACGACGAUGCUGAUCUCAGCGGCAGCGCCACGCCCACCGCGCGGAGCUUGGCCGACGAGCAUCGCCAUCCUCACCAACGGCGCCACUCCAACAUCAGAGGGAUCCGGGCUGUGCGCAAGGCCAUCCGCACCGCCGUCAGUCAGCUCGCCACCGUCAAGGCCGAGGAGGGGCGUCUGCUGGGCCACGACCGCGCGGGCAACGACGCCGUGGUGCGCAAGCUGGCCAGCUGGGCCGAGCAGAGAGACGGGCUGGAGACGCAGAUCCGCACCAUCGAGCAGGGCGAAGAAGGCGCCCACACCGCCGCGCUCAAGGACGAGGCCCAGGUGCUGCAGGACGAGAUUUGGGAGUUGGAGGACAAGCUGCGCGCCGCCAAGGCUCGCCAUCGGAAGCUGCUGGCCGACGUGGCCGAGAUUGAGAACUCGGUGCAGUCCAAGCUGUCGUCGUACAAGGCGUCGCUCUCUAUCCUAGAGGCCGAUAUCAACGGCUUUCUCCGCACUUGCUCGGCGCGUGAUCGUCAAGCAAGCGAGGCGCCUUUCUUCAAGAUCCCCCCCAGACGCCGCACCUUGGACUUGGCACGGGAACACUGGGACGAGGAGCAGGCCAAUACCGAGAAGCUGCGGCAAGAAAGCGAAACGGAACGCGACGCGUUGGAGCAAGGGGCUGUCAUGUGGGAUAACAUCGUUCACCGAAUCACCGAAUUCGAGAAGCACAUUGCAGAGGCAACAAUGCACCAGGGCAGCGGCACGGACCCAACGGCCGAGGCCAAACAUCUCAUAGCUGAUCUGACCGAGACAAUAAAUUACGUCGAGUCGCAGUUGGACCUCGCCGAGGAGAGAGGGUGGAAGCUGCUCGUAGCCUGCAUAGGCGCCGAGCUCAACGCUCUACACGAGGGACGGCGAAUGCUAGAGGCCAUGCUGCAAGCGGCAGGAGAAACAUCGCCUACGAUCGAACGCGAGAAGCGCCUUGGCGACGUUGAGAUCGAGUUCCAACCGAGCAGCUUGGCUAAUAGCCAGACCCUGCAGCAGAACGGCGACGCGAGCGGGGUAGCGGCUUCGAAACAAGCCCCAGCUCGGCAGCCCAGACCCAACUACCAUAGUACCGACGAGGACGAGCCGGACCCAGAAUUGCUUAUAUCGCACCAGGACACGGAUGAUGAGCAUCUUAGAUGA